AUGCCAUUUGUUCCAAACUUCAAACCCAUCGCUCUUAAAGAUACAAACCUGUUCAAGCCAUUGACGAUCGGCGAAACCGUCGUGGAACACAGGGCUGUGAUGUGCCCGCUCACCAGAAUGCGUGCGCAUUCUCCAGGAAACGUGCCCAACAAGGACUGGGCUAUUGAGUACUACGGCCAGCGUUCGAAGGUGCCAGGAACCAUGAUCAUCACGGAAGGUGUUUUCCCAUCGCCUCAGUGUGGUGGGUACGACAACGCUCCUGGAGUGUGGUCUGAAGAGCAGCUUGCCGAGUGGAAGAAGAUUUUCGCCAAAGUGCACGAGAACAAGUCGUUCAUUUGGCCCCAGCUUUGGGUGUUGGGAAGACAGGCUUUUCCCGAUACCUUGAAACGCGACGGCCUGCGUUACGACUCUGCUUCGGACGAGGUAUACAUGGAUGCCGAGACGGAAAAGAAAGCUGUUGAAUGUGGCAACAAACAGCACGGUCUCACCAAGGGCGAAAUUCAGCAGUACAUCAAGGAAUAUGUGCAGGCUGCCAAAAACUGCAUCGAAGCCGGUGCGGAUGGUGUGGAAAUUCACAGCGCUAAUGGUUACCUUUUGAACCAGUUUUUAGAUCCUAUCUCCAACAAGAGAACAGACGAGUACGGUGGAUCUAUUGAGAAUAGAGCUCGUUUCGCACUGGAAGUCGUAGACGCUGUGGUCGAAGCAGUUGGUCACAAGAAAGUUGGUAUUCGUUUCUCCCCUUACGGUGUAUUCGGUACCAUGUCCGGUGGUGAGGAGCCACUGAUAGUUGCCCAGUAUGCGUACGUCAUUGGUGAAUUGGAAAAGAGAGCUAAAGCUGGCUCGAGACUGGCCUAUGUUCACCUGGUCGAGCCUCGUGUUACCAAUCCCUUCUUUGUCGAAGGUAAAGGUGCCUACGACGAAGGCACUAACGAAUUUGUUUACAGCAUAUGGAAGGGUCCCAUCAUUAGAGCUGGCAAUUACGCCUUGGAUCCAAAGGCUGCCCUGACUGCUGUUGAGCACGACGACAGAACUUUGAUAGGGUACGGAAGACUAUUCAUCUCGAACCCAGAUUUGGUUACUAGGAUAGAGCAGGGUUUGCCUUUGAACCGUUACGACAGAGACACCUUCUAUGCCUUUACCGACAAGGGCUAUACUGACUAUCCAACCUACGCGGAAGCUUCCAAACAGGUUGCAUCUAAAUAA